UUUGUUGGACCGUAAUUUGACGGACCUUCGAGAAUCGAGACUCUAUCGUGAGCUCAUAACCCUAAAAUGGUCGAACACCGGCCAUAGUCCCGUUCCAAUCCCCUUCUCUCUCCCUCUUCUCCAAAACCCUCCGACGCCAUGAGAGGCCUCGGACGACUCGCUGCAACCCCUUCCGCCGCAGGGAAACAAACCCUAAUCUCAUCUUCCGCCCUCUCCUACUCCACCUUCUCCCCACUCGGCGCCCGCGUCCCUGGGAAACCCGAUCCCGACGCCGAGGACGGCGACCCCUUCGCCCCUCCCCCCGGCCUCGGCCAUGGCCGUGGCCACCCCGUCCUCCCCUCCUCCCCCGUCCUCCCCUCCUUCUCCUCCUGGAUGUCCUCCCUCAACCCCUCCGCCUCCUCCGCCGCCGCAGGGCGCGGCCGCGGCGCCGCCGCCCCGCCUUCCCCGCCCCCCGAUCCCGAGCCCAAAAGGCCUAUCUUCUUCAAGCGGGACGCGGAUCCUGAGGAGGAGUCGUCUUCGUCGUCGACGGCGAAGCCGCUGCCCGCGAGCAUCUCCCCCUUGCUCCCCGGCGCAGGGCGGGGGAAGCCGACGAGGCCUGCCGAGCCGGCCCCGCGCGCGGCAGAGGAGAACCGCCACCUCCGCCGCAGAUCCGUCGAGCCAAGUGCGAGCCCGAGCCCCCCGAAGAUGGGGCGCGAGGAGGCCGUGAGGAAGGCGGUGGAGGUCCUCUCCCGCGGCGGCGGCGGCGGCGGCGGCGGCCCUGGGAGAGGGGGCCGAGGGAGGGGCCGAGCUAUGACGCGAGGGAGAGGGGCCAGGGGUAGGGGCAGGUUUGGAGGUAGGGGCGAGCGCGGUGAUUCGGUGGACUCCGCUCUUUAUCUCGGAGAUGGAGCUGAUGGAGAGAGGUUGCAGAAGAGGCUGGGCGAGGAGAAGAUGAAGAUUUUGAACGAAGCGUUCGAGGAAGUGAGCUGGAGAGCAUUGCCUUCUCCAAUGGAGGAUGCUUAUUUGGACGCUCUCCAUACUAAUAAUAUGAUCGAGUAUGAGCCGGAGUAUUUGGUGGAGUUUGAAAACCCGGAUAUUGAUGAGAAGCCUCCAAUGUCCCUUCGUGAUGCGUUGGAGAAGGCGAAGCCGUUUUUGAUGGCGUACGAGGGGAUACAAAGCCAAGAAGAGUGGGAGGAAGCUGUAAAAGAAACAAUGGAGAAGGUUCCCCACAUGAAAGAGCUAAUGGAUAUGUAUUGUGGUCCUGAUAGAGUUACAGCAAAACAACAACAAGAGGAGUUGCGGAGAGUUGCUAAUACUCUUCCAGAGAAUAUACCUUCUUCUGUGAAGAGGUUCACAGAUCGUGCUCUCCUUUCUCUUCAGAGCAAUCCAGGGUGGGGUUGGGACAAGAAGUGCCAGUUCAUGGACAAGCUUGUCUGGGAGGUUUCUCAGCACUACAAGUAGUGUGAGCUCUUCUGUGGCUCCUUUGUUGACCAUAUAUUUGCUGCAAAAGUUAUGUAGAAGCUGCAACAAAAGUUUGUCGUCUCCCGUUACAACCCGAUGUACUAAAUUUUUGCUAGCAUAUGUUAAUUACUCGAAUAAAUCUUGAGCAAAUCGACUGGCACCUGGGAAAGGUUCUGCGUUCAUGUGAAAGUUAUCUUUUAAGUGAUGAGAAUAGCUACGAAAAAUAGAGUUUCAUUUCACGUUAUUCUAGCCUUCACCUAACUGAUUUGUAUGGAUCUGAAAUUGGUGCAUAAUACUUGAGGUGGUAGAUUCAAUACAUGAGAUCGGAUGAAACUUUUAUGUAAUGUUUUGUUGUUCCGAAGUAAAGGAUGAGUCUUUUGAUUUGUUCUCUUUA